AUGGCCACCCCGGUAGCGGCCCCCGAAGACCAGAGCCGUCUCCUCGAGGAGGCAUUGGGAGUCGUGCGGCAACAGUCCCAGAUGAUGCGAAAAUGUUUGGAAACUCCGGGGAAAUUGAUGGAUGCGUUGAAAUGCGGGUCCACCUUGGUAUCCGAGCUACGAACCCCUAGCCUUGGUCCGAAACAAUACUACGAACUUUACAUGGCCGUCUUCGAUGCCCUGCGACACCUCUCCGUCUACCUGAAAGAGAACCACCCGGUUAACCAUCUAGCGGAUUUGUACGAACUCGUUCAAUAUGCCGGAAAUAUCAUCCCGCGACUCUAUCUUAUGAUCACCGUAGGCACGGUAUACAUGUCUGUGGAGGAUGCGCCGGUCAAAGAGAUUAUGAAGGACAUGAUGGAGAUGAGUCGAGGCGUGCAGCAUCCCAUCCGCGGGCUGUUCCUGCGGUACUAUCUGUCCGGACAGGCUAGAGACCACUUGCCCACAGGCUCUGGAGACGGUCCGGAGGGCAACUUGCAGGACUCGAUCAGCUUCGUUUUGACAAACUUUGUCGAGAUGAACAAGCUGUGGGUGCGACUCCAGCACCAGGGCCCUUCGCGCGAGCGCGAGAAGCGGAUGCAGGAGCGCCGGGAAUUGGAGCUGCUUGUUGGUAGCAAUGUUGUCCGACUCAGCCAGUUGGUGGAUCUGGAAGGAUACAAAUCUGGUAUACUACAGGCACUGCUGGAGCAAGUGGUCCAGUGUCGUGAUGUUUUGGCGCAGGAGUAUCUCCUUGAAGUAAUUACCAAGGUGUUCCCCGACGAGUUUCACUUGCAUACCCUUGAUCUCCUGCUCUCCGCAAUCUCUCGACUCAACCCCCACGUGGACCUGAAGAAGAUUGUCAUUGGAUUGAUGGACCGCUUGUCAGCUUAUGCAGCUCGUGAGACCGAGUCUUCCGCCGAGCCCGAUGCAAGAAUCAAGAAGGAAGAGGAGGCUGUCACAAAGCUCCUUGGGAAUCUCAAGGUAUCUGAGGAGACCAAGAAGGAAGCGCCGGAGGAAGCAACCCAGGAGAACGGCGUGGAGCAAGCCGCAACUGAUAAUGCUGAACAAGCUGAAGCUACGACAGAAGGCGAGCCCACGGCCAAUGGCGACGACAAGGCUGGAAUCCCUGCAGAUGUCAAGCUAUACGACAUCUUCUAUGAACAAGUGGUCAACCUGAUCAAGAGCCGCGGCCUCCCUAUCCAAGACACAAUGGCGCUCCUGGUUUCGCUUGUCAACCUGGCUCUUAACACCUACCCGGAUCGCCUCGAAUUUGUUGACCAGAUCCUCGACUUUGCGACUAAAGAGACUGCGACGUAUGCCGACCAUGCCGACCUGCAUUCUGCCCCGACACAGCAGAACCUUUUGCACCUCCUUACCGCACCCCUCCGUUCCUACGCCUCCAUAUUCACGGCUCUUGCCCUGCCCCACUACAUCCCACUUCUGACUUCGCAAUCCUACACGACCCGGCGAGCUGUCGCAGGCGAAAUCGCUCGCAGUCUUCUCAAGAACCGAACUUUCAUCACGACUACGGAAAACCUCGACCGCGUGCUGCAAGCCCUGAGGGUUUUGAUCAAGGAAGGCACUCAGCAGUCUAUGGGCUAUCCUGGCAUUCAGUCUCAGCGGCGAGGUGAGACUGAUGAGACCAUCGAGGAACAAGGGUGGCUUGCACGUCUGGUUCAUCUGAUCCAGGCCAAAGACAAUGAUACCCAGUUGAAGUUACUCCAAGCAACCCGCAAGGCCUACCUCGACGGUAACGAGCGUAUCCGAUACACAACACCGGCCCUGGUCACGAGUUCGAUCCGUCUGGCACGCAAACUCAAGGCCCGCGAGCACUACGACGACAACUGGCAGUCGCAGUCUUCAGCCCUUUACCGGUUCAUGCACCAGUGUGUCAACAACCUCUACCAGCGUGUGAACCCUGGUUGUGCUGAUUUGUCCCUGCGUCUGUUUGUGAUGUGCGGAGAAGUGGCGGACCAGACGGGCUUCGAAGAGUUCAGUUACGAAUUCUUUGCACAAGCCUUCACCAUCUACGAGGACUCCAUCAGUGACUCCCGUGCUCAAUUCCAAGCCGUCUGCGUUAUUGCGGGAGCUCUUCACGGCACCCGCGGGUUCUCCAAGGAGAACUAUGAUACCCUCAUUACAAAGGCCGCUCUGCAUGGAAGCAAGCUGCUGAAGAAGCCCGACCAAUGUCGCGCUGUAUACCUAGCCAGUCACCUGUGGUGGGUUGUCGAGAACCCCCAACGAGGCGAAGAAGACCCCAAGAACCUCUACCGCGACGGCAAGCGCGUCCUCGAGUGCCUGCAACGGGCCCUCCGCGUCGCAGACGCCUGCAUGGACACUGCCGUGUCCGUGGAACUCUUCGUCGAGAUCCUCAACCGCUACGUCUACUACUUUGACCAACAGAACGAAACCGUCACGAUCAAAUACCUCAACGGCCUCAUCGAACUCAUCCACUCCAACCUGCAGACGGAUGAAAACGAGCCCAACCCCAGCCUGGAGGGCCCGAAGCGGCACUUCCAACGCACACUGGAUUACAUCCGAUCCCGAGAUUUCGAAGGCGUAGUCACCGAUCCCAGACAGUGA